UUUAUUCUGUAUGUGGGCGUGUCUUAGUACACGCUCCGCUCCGCUGCUGUAUAAUUCCUGACUACCUGAUGAUGUUUGGUCUUGGAAUUUUUCUUCUGUCUUUGGUGUUGGUGCAAAGAGUAUCAGCUCAAGAAUGUGCCAUAGCUCUACCUAACCGGGAUAUAAUAAGUGAUGAACUCAGUCAACUUUUGUCUUCUACUAGUGGCAUUUACUAUAUUAAUCUGCUAGAUUUUCACUUCACAUGCCAAGCUUCAGGAAAAGUUCAAGGGACUUACAGAUCAGUCUCGUUAUUAGCUAAUUACACUGCUUAUGGGAAUACUGCUGUAAUGACAAUUCAUUUUGCCAUGCAGUGUUUUGAGGACUCAUGGAGCCAUGAUGAAGAGGCGCAAUCAUCAACAUCAUUGAUGUACAGCACUGAAUUGUUAUCAGCUACAAAAAGAGAUUGCCUUCGAUGUAACGCUGACUUGAUGAAUGUUUGUCAAGUAUGUACUAGUCACUGUAGUGUUUGUGAGUCCAGUAAUUGCUGUAGAAACUGUUCAACAUCAUCUGGUUUCUAUAUUCUCGCUUGGGAUAACUGUUCAUGCAUCUCCUAUGCAGGACAUAUUUCAUUAUUGUUUUUCAUUAUCAGUGCUAUAUGGAUCACAGUAUUUAUAAGUAUUCUUAUCACUUCUCUACUGCUGCAGAAAUACAAAAGGUUUAUUUUUAGAGGAAAGAAGAAGAAAGAG